AUGUCUAUCAAUAGAGUGCAACUUAAAGAUAACCAUAUCCAAUGUUUAGAGACCAACUGUCUUCCGUUUGAAACCACUACAGGUGAAACAGUGGUUUAUGGCUCAACUUCCAAAAGACAAAGUUUAUCCAUAAGUCUGAAAUUAAAUUCACCCCUUAAAAUCAAUUCUAAGGAUGGGGUAAUCUAUGUUACUAACAAGAGGCUCAUAUUCAUAACAGUUUCUUCGGGAGAUAUAAAUUCAUUUCAGAUCGAAUUCAGAAAUUGCCCAAUUCUUCAAUUCUCUCAUAAAAUGCAAUCACCAUGGUUUGGACCAAAUUAUUAUGAGUUCUUAUUUUUGAGUAAUGAUGACACUAAUAUUUCUGAUGGGUUCCCUAAGAAUGAAUGGUUCAAAGGGGAAAUCAAAUUCAAUGAUGGUGGAUUAUUUGAAUUUGUAGACAAAGUGAAUCAUAGCUUGAACGAUUCUGUCAAUAAUCCCCAGGUAGAUGAUCAAUUACCAGCGUAUACACCAGUGUAA